GCGGCGCCGCGUUGGGCGGGGCCCGUUCCCCAUCCCGGGAGCCCGGGCCGCCCUGCCAGCCCCGGGAGCCGCGGGCGGCGCAGCGCAGCUCGGAGCGGUCCGGCCCCGGCCAGCCCCCGCAGCAGCGGCUCAGUGUCUGACAUUGCUGAGGGUGGGAAACCCUCACCAUUGCUUUCCACCCUCUCUCAGACAGCUGUGCCAGCCUGGCCCAGGGAUGGAGUCCCUCCCUGACGCAGUCCUGAUCCGGAUCCUGGCGUCCAUACCUGCGGCAGAGCUGGUGCUGGUGUGCCGCCUGGUCUGCUGCCAGUGGAAGAACCUGGUGGAUGGAGCUGCACUUUGGAUCCUGAAGUGUCAGCAGGAAGGCCUCAGCAGAGCAGAGUCAGAUGUAGAGAACUGGCAAAGCUUCUACUUCCUGAGUAAGAAAAGGAAGAAUCUCAUCAAGAACCCAUGCGGUGAAGAAGACUUGGAGCACUGGGGAGAGGUAGAGAAUGGAGGUGAUGGCUGGAAAGUUGAAGAGCUCCCAGGGGACUUUGGAAAAGAAUUUCCUAGUGAAGAAGUCCAUAAAUACUUUGUUACAUCUUAUGAGUGGUGUCGAAAGGCUCAGGUCAUUGACCUUAGGGCUGAGGGCUACUGGGAAGAGCUGAUGGAUACAACCCAGCCUAAAAUCACGGUAAGAGACUGGUAUGCAGGACGCAGUGAUGCUGGCUGCCUGUAUGAGCUGAGUGUGAAGCUGCUCUCUGAGAAUGAGGAUGUGCUGGCUGAGUACAAAAGUGAGACUGUCACCAUCCCAGAGGGCAAUGAUGCCAGCUGGACUGAGAUCUCUCACACCUUUUCCAGCUACGGGCCGGGGGUGCGCUUUGUGCGCUUUGAGCACGGCGGGCAGGACACGCUCUUCUGGCAGGGCUGGUACGGUGUGCGCGUCACCAGCAGCAGCGUGACACUGGAGCCAUAGCUGUGCUCAACCAGGGCCUGCAUGCUGCGGUUCACUUCCCUCAGGGCAUCCCCUAGCCUUUGGAUGGUUUCUGCAUGGUGCUGCUUCUGGCCAUAGAGCCUUUCUGCAUAGGAACGUGUGUGCAAGAUGCCAGGAGCCACCACCCAUCCUUCCUCAAGAGGACUAUGCAAAGAACGUGAAUGGAUUUGUGAAUGCGCCACAGGACUCAGCCUCACCACCUGCACUGAUGACCUCUGUCAGACAGGAGAUCACCUAAGAAUCCUGCAGACCUUCUCUCUUAGUCUGUAAUCCCUAGCACCCAGCCUGGGUCAGCUGUCUCUCCUGCCUGCUUCCCUGACUUGGGCACUCCUUAAGUAUAUUUUGUGGAAGUUAGAGUGGGAAGAAAAGAAUAAAGAAAACCACAGACCCUGUGUCUCAAAACAUACCAGGGAAACCCAGAGCCCUGUCCCCAGCUGUUUCCAUGACCUGCAGGGAGAACCUUGGCUUCUUCCAUUUAUAAAAAGGUAACAUUGUUUACCGCAGAGGGGUUCUAGCUUGGCUGUCAAUACUAGCAGUUUAAUUUUUAGUGAUAAUGCAAAGCAAGAGAGGUUGUAUCCUUUUCUCUUACACUGUUCCCAGCAUCCAUUUAUCAAGGGAAGUGUUGGGAAGAGAAACAUGUCAUGUGUCCAGCCCUGGGCCUUCAUUUGGCUCCCUCAGAGAGAUGGCAUCUGAGAGUGAUUGCUGACAGAGAGAUGACAACAACUUAGGGAAGAAGGUUAGAAAAAGUUUGGGAUAGGGUCCAGAAACAAAUGAAAACAAACUCCUUUACCCCUUCCUGGCCUCUGCAAGCUUCCUGCAACAAGCAUCCUGGUCAUCCAGUGUGACUCUGCUGGCAGGACACAGAAAGCUGUUGGCCUCGCUCCACCUCUGCUGACCAUGUCUGCAAGAAGUACACGUCUGCCUCUGCCAUGUGCUUGCUGACAAGACAGCACCUCAGUCUCCCACUUGAGCUUCUUGAUAUCACUCAGGGCUGUGUGUCCCAUCCUGAACUGACCCCAAAGCUGUCCUGAACCAAGACUGUCCCUGCUAGUUAUUCCACUCAGAAGAGCACCCGCUAGCAGAGCUGGUGUUGCCUAAAGAAAGUAUAUUUUUGUGUCCAUGUGUCUGCCUGCCCUCCCUGGGCUGCCAUUUAAGUGCCCCUUUACGCAUGUAGUGACUGCUACUGCCUGCAGCCAGAGGAAGGAGCUUUCCACCUGGACACUGUGCAUGCUAAAGCUCAGGCUUUCUGCACAGCCACACACGCACCAGAGUCCAGGCAAACAUAAUAAAGUGACACAAUUGUGUGUGGAUUUCCUCUUU